AUAGAAUAACCACUGAAAAUUUGGAGAGGAGAGCAUGUGGACGACGCUGCUAACUUCUCUCCCCAACGGACACUAGGCAGGGCUUCGUAGAAUUGACCAACCCCAUCCCUCUCUCUCGCUCUCUCUCGCUCUAUAAAUGUGAGGGGCCGUAGUGCUGGGCUAAGACCUUCGCCCAUCUAUAUUCUAUCUCUCCUCUCUUCCAAAACCAUAUUUCGAGCUCUCCCACGAUCUACCACAUUUUUCGAGAUGAGUGACGAGGCACAUGAAAUUGAAGCUAAAGAAAAUCAUGCUCAACGUUCAGUUCCCCGAUUGAAUGAGAGAAUCCUUUCAUCUUUGUCAAGGAGAUCAGUUGCUGCACACCCUUGGCAUGAUCUUGAGAUUGGACCUGGAGCACCUCAUGUUUUCAACUGUGUUGUUGAGAUCACAAAGGGAAGUAAGGUGAAAUAUGAGCUUGACAAGAAGACAGGACUAAUUAAGGUUGAUCGUAUUUUGUAUUCGUCAGUAGUAUAUCCUCAUAACUAUGGUUUCAUUCCUCGCACAUUGUGUGAAGACAAUGACCCAUUGGAUGUUUUAGUUCUAAUGCAGGAGCCCGUCCUUCCUGGUUGCUUUCUCCGAGCCAGAGCCAUAGGACUUAUGCCUAUGAUUGACCAGGGAGAGAAAGAUGAUAAGAUAAUUGCAGUGUGCGCUGAUGAUCCAGAGUAUAAGCACUAUACUGACAUCAAAGAGCUUGCCCCUCAUCGCUUGUCCGAGAUCCGCCGCUUCUUUGAAGACUACAAGAAGAAUGAGAACAAAGAGGUUGCAGUCAAUGACUUUUUACCUUCAACAACUGCCAUUGAAGCCAUCCAGUACUCAAUGGACCUGUAUGCUGAGUACAUUCUGCACACCUUGAGGCGAUAGGCUAUAUAUUUUAUUUCUACAAUAAGUAUCAAUGAUGACUCUGAAGAUGUUAUGAGAAGCUCCUGUCUUAUUUGUUGUAAUUUUGGGUAUUUUUUUAUGGUUUUUUAUUUGAUCAACCGAGUUGAGAAGGAAUGUUAAGGGAACAUUUCUUACAUGAUCUGCUUCAAUUGGAACUUUAUUGAAGGAAUA